AGAUUUUGCAUUUGAAAAUAAUCUGAUAAUCUGAGAAAUUUUUCUUUGGGAAAAUGUUUCCUAGAUUAGCAUUAGCAUUAUUUUACAAUAUUCCUUCAAGAAAUUCUGUUACAGUAUUAGGUCAUACUGCUAGGUUGAAGCUCAAAAGCUCCACUUGUAAUUUUUGUGCUCCCAAGAUAAGACAUUAUUCAAAAUUUCCAAGUGAAGAUCAGGUGACGGGAAAGGAUCCAGCUAAAAAAACUCUUGAUGUCAGUGACUUCAUGAAGUAUACCCAUCCACUGAGCCAGAAAGAUGCUUCUGGUAACUAUGUUGGAUCAGCAGGAAAGAGUGAAACUGCUGACACAUCCCGCAAGCCAUCGGCAGAUGUGAGCAUAAAAAAGAAAUUCUUCAAUUUUGAUGCUGUCCAGGAUGCUAGUCCUACUGAAGCAUGGAAGCAGUUGAGCAGCAUGGGCUAUGAGGAGUUUGAUGCUAGUGGCUCGCGCAUCAUCUACGACGUGACUGAAGAGAUGCUUGGCAUUUCUGAUGGCAAACCACUGCAAAGUGCUCCUUUGGAAGCUCCUUCACCAUCCCCUGAAGAUUUGAAGCUAUCUAAAAUUAACCUUAAAAGAGGCAAGAAAGGUGUGUUUGAUCUGCAGGAUUUGGUGGAGGUGCUUAAUUUAGAAAAUGCCAAGGACCUCGUGGCAAUUAAGAUUCCUGCGGAGAUGCAUUUUGUUGACCACAUGGUAAUUGUCACUGCCAAGUCACAGCGACACUUGAGCGCUAUUGCUAACGUGGUGCGUAAAGUCUACAACCUCAAGAAGCAUCAGAAAAAGGACCCUGCGCUCAUACUUGAGGGCAGGGACACUCCCUGGGUUGCCAUGGAUCUUGGCAACAUCGCACUUCACGUGAUGUCUCCUUCUGAGAGGAAGAGGAUGGACAUGGAGAUGCUGUGGUUGUGUGGACCCGAGCACGAUGUUAUGAUGCAGCAUCAAGACAGCGCUAAGGAGGACGAUUUGUUUUCACUGGUUGACCCCGUUGAAGAGCCCGUGAUCGAGGCGCAGCCCUACGACAUCACAAAGCUUUAUGAUCAUCCCUACCAACCUGUGUGGGCUGACGACACACUGCCAGAUCACGACGAGAUCAAUGACGACAACAGGAACACAUUCACUGCAACGUCCCUCAUGGAGAUCGCCUUACGAAAACACAACAAGGAACAUGCUAGGAAAUUUAGAGGGCGUUUCAGGAAAUAAACAUGUAUUCAUUACAUUCACCGUGAGAACAUAACAUCCAGCCUACAAUAACAAACAAAUAACAAAUGAAGUCAAUGGAGCCAGAACAUUUGCAGUUGAUGUUUUCCUGUUUCUGGAUUCUAUGAAUCCAGAAACAGGAAAAAACGCAAUCUUAAAUACCUGUUUCUUAAACGCUAUCUCAAACUAUUGAACGCAAUCUUAGACCACCGUUUCUUAAACGCUAUCUUAAAUUGCUGUUUCAUAACGCAAUCUUAAACUAUUACUAUUGCUCUGUAAAUUAAUCGGUCAUUACUGAAAGUAAUGACAGUUGGAGUGGAUUAUCCAUUUUAUGAUCUCAUUAUUCCUCAACGUUAGAUAACAUCACGGCUCUAGUACUCUAUUGAAUAUUCAAAACCUUUGUUCCAUUUAACAAGAGGGCUUUUAUAAAUGCAGCUAAAACCUUAUCACAUUCAUAACUAAACCAAAAAUAGUUAUUUUGUGAUGAACAUAAAUCACAUUAUGUCCUAAAUCUUAUAAACCUGUACAUGAAUGUCUUCACUCGUCUAUUACAUCAACUUCAAUGUAUAAAUAUUUGCGAAAAUCCUCGUCGAUUGUUCUGCUGUGUUUUACUUUUCACACAUCACGUUUUAGAUUAGUUUGUAGUUCUAAUGAGCAACUUUUUACACUAGUAUUCAUUGUCAAGCUUGAAUCAGUCCAAGGCACGGUGAUAUUCUUGUAGGUCCAAUGAAUCUUUCUUCAGAUUGUAACAAUCCAGCGAGUUUUGGCCCACAAACGCAAAAUUUAUUUCAGUUUUCCUUCUAAUGGAGAGGUCUUUAAUAUCACACAAUUCUGUAAAUAAAGCAAAUUCGAGCUUUCUUGUCCGAAAAUUUAUUAAUGUUUUUGUGUGUCCAUAUUUUCCUCCCAUGGUCUUCAGCGCUGAAAUCUUUGGACUUCGAGUGAACAUGGAGAUUGCUUGAUAUUUCAAGCAUGUCCUAAACUGACGUGACAUAAAUGCAAGGGUUUCCAGUCACUAAGUUUCUAGUGAAGAUAAUGCGUGGACAACACUUG